GCCCACUUCCUGCUCAGGGUCGGGCAGCCACACUGGACACAGGCGGGGGACACUGAGGGACAAGGGGUCACCCUCCCAGACCCAGGCAGGUCCAGGGCAGGAGGAUGGCAGACGGGGCUGGCGACCCGAGCACCAGCCUGAUUCCUAUGGCUAGGACUUCCAGUACUGUUUUGAAGAGGAUGUCCACAGAAGAGCAGAGUGUAGACGACAGUACCAUCUAUGAGGUUAUAUUCCAUCACUUCAAAAGACACAAAGUGGAGAUUUCAAAUGCCAUAAAAAAGACAUUUCCUUUCCUCGAGGGCCUCCGUGACCGUGAACUCAUUACCAAUAAAAUGUUUGAAGAUUCUCAAGAGUCUUGUAGAAACCUGGUCCCUGUACAAAGAGUGGUGUACAAUGUUCUCUGUGAACUGGAGAAGAAAUUCAACCUGGAUUUAUGCGAAGCAUUGUUCAGUGAGGUCAACUUGCAGGAAUACCCUGAUUUAAUUCGUGUUCGUAGAAGCUUUGAACAUGAGGUGAGAAUGCUAUAUCCCCAAGAAGAUAAUGGAGAAGAGAGGCAGGAAAGGCUUGAACAAGGAACGGGGGAGAACUCUUUUCUGCGAAGACUGACCUGGCCACAGCACUCAGAUCCCUCGUCUUACAAUGGUACAGACCUACCCGAAAAUGAACUCUUGGCGCAUCCUUGCGAAGCAGAAGAGAGAAAUGUAAAUAAAAGAGAGCCGGCCCGAGACCCAAAUGGUGCAGUAGGAAGCCACCAAGGAAAUGAGCAAUGCCCUCGAGAGUCAGAGCCAGUAGAGUCCCACCAACACAUGGCUGCCAACGUGGACCGUGGAGAGGCGAGCGUGGGGACACCCAGCCCGUUGCCCCACUGUGUAGAAAGAGCAGAGCUCUCCAGCCAUGGAAUCCACAUGACUUCCUGUUCUGUGCAUCUGGUGGAUAUAAAGAAGGAAAAGCCAUUUUUUCCCACGCAAAUGAAGCAAGGAUCUCAAACCAGGACCAACCAUUACCAGCCAUCCGAAGUAAUAGUCAUCAGCAGUGAGGACGACGCCAGCGACACAGAAGAGCCUGCAGCAAUCUCCAACUCAGCACAGAGGAGCCAUCCUGUGAUCAAAAACCAUGUCCAGUUUGACUUGAGAGAUGAAGAAGAGGCCCAAGAAGCCACUUGCUCAUGGCACCAGGCUGCUCCAGCGAGAGGACGUGACUAUGGCUCUUCAGAAUCCAGUGAGGAGGAGAUACCCUCAGCACUCCGGAUCUCAACACCAACAGAUUCUGUGAGGAUGUCUACUUGGAGGAUACACAGUCAGAAAAGAAGGCACAGCAGUGACAGCUCUUCAGAGCUGAGUUAUGGAGAGGAGCCUCGGGAAGCCCUGAGAAGUGGAUCAGGAACAGGGCAACAAGAGACUGGAAAUGAGAAGUGCUCCUGUGUCCUGUGUUCCCCAAAAGGUGUGCCAAGAGGCCAAGAAGCAACGGUGGAAAGUGGCCGAGCAUCUCACCCAAUAGGCAAGUCUGCUCAAUGGCAUCAGGGUGGAGGUGGCUCAGAAAUACCACAGCUGCUGGGCAGGACUGUGUCAGGAGAGGAAGCUGUAAAAGAUACCACGGAUGUUGGAAACAAUUCUACUUUGGGAAAAGGCAGUGGGGAAAGAAAUAUUUCCAAGCUGCACAACAGAGAUAAAGAAAUGAACAAAAUCUCAUCAACCUUACAUCCUACUGUGGGGAAAAAAAGACUUCAUAAAGUAAACCAUCUCCAAAAAGAAAUAAAGAAAGGCAGACAUAGAUUCCACUCAAUUCAGAAUAAUGCCCUUCAAAGGAAAAGAGGUUGGCCAAAAGGGAGAAAAAGAGUCAACGUUAGACCCUUGAAAAGAGGGAGAAAAAGAGGACCAAGAAUUCCCAGAGAAAAAAAUGUGAAUUUCAACCUUCCUAAACUUCCUGUGACCUGUGGUGAGGCUAAGGGGACUCUCCAUAAGAAGCAAUUUAAGCAAGGGGCCCAGAUGAAGAGCAUAAGGACUGAGGAUGGAAAAUGGCUCACCCCCAGGGACUUCGAGAUCAGAGGAAACCACGCAGCAGCCAAGAACUGGAAGCUAAGCCUGCGCUGCCACGGAUGGACCUUGAAAGAACUGAUAGAGGCAGGGCAUCUACCAAACCCACCAAUAACAAGAAAAAAGAGGAAAACACGGGAGUCUCUCAACAAUGUCUUAGUUGACCCCCAUCCGGUGUUCCUGUGCUGGAGCUGGGACCCUUCAGUGGUUGAAGAGCUCUCACAUCUGGAGUCUGGAUAACUUGAUUGACAACAGUCAUGGUUCUUGCAGCCCAUAGUCAAACCCUCUGUGAAGAUGAAAAGGCAACUGUUGCAGUGAGGAUGUCCUCACCCUUCUUCAAGCCCAGCCCUUGCUCAGAAGAAAACCUUGUCUGCACAUUGCAAUCACCAGGGGUGGGGGUCACCCCCCAGAUUCUAAUGUCAUUGGUUUAAUGUGCUUCCCGAGAAUGAUGAUUUUCCAAAGCUCCUCUGUUAGUUUCUUUAGCGCAGCCCCUAUUGUGAGUGGCUGUAGACCAGGGCUGCUCCAUCUGUAGUGUGUGUGAUAUCCCCCUGGAGCCAGGCAGGCCACCGCUGGCUGGGUCCCAUCCUGGCCCCUGAUACAGCACCUGAGGGGUAGAACCCAAGACGGUGGACUUCUAACACGUCCAGGUGAUAUUGAUGCUGCUGAUCCAGAUACUAUUGCCUUAGACCCAGAGGUCUCACCUGAUGACUGUGAAUUAGAGCCACCUGAGCACAUUCGCCACCAACCCAGAAUCACUGAGUUGAAAAAUCUCUGGUCCUGGAGCCCCAGGCCAUCUAAAGUGUGUGUGUGUGUGUGUGUGUGUGUGUGUGUUUUGCUGGGGAUCUAACCCAGAACCUUUCAUAUACCAGUCCAACACUCUACCACUCAGCCACACCCCAGCCCUGAAUUUUUUAAAAACUUCCUGGUGACUCUAUUCUACAGCAGAUUAGAAACCACUGCUGAGCAAAAGAACAAAUUUUUCUUCCUAAGAAGAUUAAAGAGAGGGACAGGGAUGCGACUCAAUGGUAGAGCACUUGCCUAGCACACUCUAGUCCCUGGUUUUUAUCACCAUCAUAAAAUAAAGUACGAAAGAAAGAAGGAAAGAAGGAAGGAAACCUUAAGUCUGCAGGCUUCCUACACCAUGUAACUCCAGCAUGGGAUUUGCCUGUAGUAAUCAUUCUUUCUCAAGGCCCACUUGCCCUGUAUUUAUAAGAUGAUACUCAGGAAUCUUGACCCAGAAACCUAAAAAUAAUGGUCAGCAUGCACAAGUCUCACCUGUUAGGACAAAAAGGAAAAAUGGUUGCCGGGCUCUAUGCAAGGGUGACCUUGGGAGUCCUUGGAGGUGUGCCCAAUGAUUUCCCUAACAGGCCACUCAAGUUUUCUUAUUGAAAGGGAACACAUUGGCCAGAUACAUCUUGCCACCUAGAAUUUGCUCAUAUGGGUGACUUUUGAUUCUCUUCUUAUCUUGAAUUUAUAAGAUCAAGAGAAAUUAGAAAUUAUAAAUAAAUCAUCUCAACUCACUGGGCUCAGGAAUGACUACUAAUGACUUUAAACCCAAAUAGCAGGGCAUUUUGCUUUGGCAUUUUGCUCUACACCCUCAUAGCAGCAGACCUUACAGAAGCACCGAGAAAGAGGUAGAUAUUUUAAAAUUAGAAUCAGCAGGACAGGGGUAGGGUCGGAUCCCUGAGAUGGAGACCAGGAGGAAUCAGAAUUCUCUUCCAGGCUUCUGGGUGGGUUGUGGGGAGAUGAGGAGCAUAAAUGAGGAGCAGAUGUGACACAGGAAGACAAGGAAUGGAUAUUGUUCCAGGAUGGGUUUUAGACAUGACAAAAUGCAUUUCACUAGGACAAAGAGCAGAGUUUUAAUGUUUGGAGGCUCAAAAGGAGACCAGGAUACAGGUCUAAAAGUCCUGGGACACACAUGGUGAGUUUGGUCAUGGAAGGAGCUGGUUGUUGAGAAGAAUGAAAUGAACAAAGGACGCUGGACAGAGUCCCAAGGAAUCCCCACGUUCCAAGGGCAGAACCUGAAAAGAAAGACAGAGUGUUAGAGAAGACCCCAAGAGAACGGGGUAUCAUGGAACGGUGCAGAGAGAGUAUUUCUAGAAGGACUAGACACAGAGGUCCCACCUGAGAACUGUGAAGACAUGGAACCGUGCUCCCUGUCACCUCCCCACCUCCUCCCCACCCACCAGAAUCCCCACCCCAGCCUCACUACUAGAUGGUCACAUGAGCAUGUGCAUUCCUCCUUCCAGCCCAGGGUGCAGGUAUUUCAGCCAGGGCUAGAGGCACUACCCACGUCUCUCCAGACAGUUAGUUCUCCUUGAACUCUUCUCUUUCUGCUCAGAUGGUUCCAGGAGAGGAGGCAGGGCCCAUCCGUCAGGGUAGUUCUCUAACAUAGACACAUGGCCCCCAUACCCAGAAAUUAUAGCAUGUAGGGCUCCAAUGUUAGUUGUUAUGUAAAUUUUCACCAAAAAAGAGAGGGGAAAUGUAAUUUCCCUUGCUUAACAGUGAGCUCCUUCCUUAGCCAAUUUCUAUCGUGACCUACAAAUUCUGUCAUUUUGAACAUGUGUGAGUCUCUCCACAAUCCUGAUAGAUACUGUCAAAUUCUUAACUAAAUGAAACUAAAUCUGGCUAAAGGUCAUAUAAAUUGAGAUUGGUCUGAAAUUCAGUACUGGCCAAUUUUCUGGGCCCAGCCAUCUUCCUUUUAUAGAACAAGUUUACCAUCUCUUUCCUGGGCACAGAAAAUGAGGGUAGAGUCUCAGUCUUCAACCCUGGGCAGUCGCCAUGACCAUACUCCUUGGACAUUAGAAAUGGUGUUCCACACCUCACAUGCCAAGUUGGCUGAGUCAUGGGGGAUCUUCCUCCAGAUCCCCAGAACCUGUCCUCCCUGGCACUCACCUGGUCAUCUGCACCCAUGGUCCUUCCACCCAAUGGUACUGCCACAGGUCCAGGGCCCACCAGACACAGAACCCAUAGUCUAGGGCCUUCUUACCAGACCCUUUCUUCAACUCCUGGGAAGCUUAUGGCCAAGACUAUGGGAUACAAUGAUGUCUCAGAAGUUUAUUCCAUCUCAUUAAAUUUCAUUAAUUUAAUUGACUCACCCUUCGUUGAGUCAAUUUUAAAAAUAGACAACUAGAUAAGACACUGUGUUCCUGGACCAGACUUUACCAGACACAUAAUAAGUAUAUCAGAUUAUUUUUAAUUCAUCCUUUUUUGAUGCUAUUGUUGCAAGCUAUUCCAUGUCAGAAUCAUUGUUUUCAUGAAGAAAAAUAUUCUGGUGUGGCACAUAGCAACUGUCUUCUGAACUUUGUGGUAGACCAGAAUGUCCUCUUAUAAAAUCUCCACUCAAUAUUGUUUCUUAAUAUUUUGAGGAGAGAGGUUUAUAAGCGUCACCUUGGUACAUGGAAAGCCCACACACUCUGGAAUCCCAACGUGUUAACUUUCUGGGUCUCACAAAUCCCAGUGAUGUCUACACCAUUUCCCUUCUAGCAAAAAAACUCAAAUAAGUGCGAAGUAUGCCGCCAAGAGAAACAGCUGGUCUUCUGCAAUACUUGUUCAAGAUCAUACCAUCAGAACUGCCACAUCCCACCAGUAGAUGCUCAGAG